AGGACAGGAAGAAGAAACAUGAGCUCUAUAAAACUGUGGUUUGUCAUAAUUCUUCUGCCAGUAAUCACAAACAUUAGUACUGCUCAACCAUCUCCUUGUCUCAGUUAUAAAAACAGAUCUGAAUCAUGGCGAAAUGUUGGCUUUUGUGAAUACACUCAGAAUAAGAAUGACCUUGAAAUGGAGAAUGGAUGGUAUCGCUUCAUUGGUGCAGGUGGAGACCAAGUUGUCUCUUCUUGUGCACGUACUAACACCAGUGGAAUCGUCACCAUUUACAAUUUAUUCAUGUGUAAUUCAAACAUCAACUACACGGAGUAUACACCCUGCAGUGGAGGAUUCACAGUCUACUACCUCCGGCCCACCAGUAGAACUUACGCUACACGUCAUUCAAACUGCAGCAAUUCUUCUUCCUGUGGAGAUAAUGCUCAGUGUGGUAUUGUUUACGGCAGCUGUGUGUGCAAACCUGGCUUGAAAUUUAAUAUAUCAAGCAAUGGCAUAUACGAAUGCACAGAUUCUACUAACAACAGCGAACUAAUCACAUAUGGAAAUACUUUACUGGCUGUCACUGAAAAACUGCUGGCUGCAGUAGUGACAAAAACUGAAAGCCAGAGCAUAUCAAAAAUUUUACUUGAAAAAAUGGAGGCUGAAAUACUUGCAGUUGGGAGUAUGACUUCCCUGAAUAAUACCCCCCUGCUCAACACAAGCAACUCUUUCCUGAAUAUUGAUCUCAUUGGGAUGUCCAGGAAUAACAAUGGAUCUGCUUCUGUGGUGUUUGUGAGCUAUAAUGACAUGCACAAAAUCCUAAAACCUAGCUUAUUCAAGACAACCAUCAAUGCAACCAAAACCAUGAUGUCCAAGGUGGUGUCAGUGACACUUCCUAAAGUCAACAACACAUUCCUCACCAAACCUGUCAACCUUACCUUCAAUUAUACCAAUGCAUUAAACCCUGAGGGAAAUCUCUCCUGUGUGUACUGGAACGAAUCUGAAUGGGUUGAAUAUGGCUGUAGCAUCAGUGAGAAAAACAGCACGUACACUGUGUGCUCCUGUACUCACCUGUCUACCUUCGCUCUCAUUAUGUCGACCAACUCAGACAAUUUGCAGGAUAAGACUGAGGAUGAUGCCACAGAUCUCUUUAACACAGUGGCGGUCUCUGUGGGGUUAGUGUUCCUCACCUUGACUGUACUGACUCUUGCUGUUUGCCAGCGAGGACCAAAAAUCACCAAUGCAGCUUUGCUCAAUCUGUGUAUCAGCUUGUUUUUUGCUCAUCUGACAUUCCUGCUUACACAGAAGUUAUUGCAGAGCAUAAAAGAGCAUACUCAGAUUUGUUUAAUGCUGGCUGGAGUCAUACAUUUCCUCUUUCUUUCUGCGUUUGUGUGGAUGUUCAUUGAAGCAGUGUUGCUCUACAUAUUUGUCAAGAACUUGUCGAGGAUCAGCUCAAGGGAGAGUCAGAUGCUUAGCUGGAAGUGUAUGAUCGUGAUUGGAUACAUCAUCCCCCUGGCAAUGGUGGGCGUGACAUCUGGACUGUAUCCUGAUUGCUACAAUCGGGAAAUGUGCUGGCUUGAGACAAGUUAUGUCUGGAGCUUCCUGGGUCCUGUGGCGUGCAUUAUCGGUAUCAACUUGCUUCUCUCUUGUGUGAUCUUCAUGAAUCUAAAAUGGGCUUUGGCAAGACUGGAUAAAACCGUUUCACAACUAAAACAAACCCAGACCCUUGUGUUUAAAACCCUGCUCCAGUUCAUUAUUCUUGGUUGCCCCUGGGCCCUGGGUUUUUUUGUUGGGAACAACUCCAUGAUAAAGAUUGUGUUCCUUUUCUUAAAUUCGCAGCAGGGAACCUUCAUCUUCAUCGUUCAUUGUGUCCUCAACCAAGAGGUCAGGCGGCAGUACAAGCAGUGGUGGUUUGCCUUUCGCCACAACUCCAAGUAUAAGUCCAUGGAAGACGACCAGACAAAAACCUCACAUUCACAUUCAAACUAAUACCAAACAAUGUUAAUGCCUUGUUGAAAGUGGUGUCAGUGUGUCACAUGACCAAAGAACAUUUCAGGGGACAGACACAGUACCUGUAAGACCUGUCAGAGUGUCACGUGCUAGAGUUUAAUUUGCAUUAUAUUUGUUAACACAACAUUUCUCUACACAACAUGUAAUUACACAAAAAUUCAACUCAGCUAUUAUUUUAAUUUUUCUUAGUAGUAGU